AUGCGCGAAGAUGUCUCCUUCCAAACUUCAGACAAUGUCACGCUUCGUGGUUGGUUUUACAAGCCAUCCGAGGCUACCAAUCCCCUUCCUUGUCUCGUCAUGGCUCACGGCUUCUCGGCCUUGAAAGAGAUGGACCUGAACACGUUUGCUGAGUACUUUGUCGCCAGUAUUCCAAUCACUUGCUUGGUUUACGACAAUCGUGGAUUUGGCGACAGCGACACCAAAGACGGUCAGCCGCGUCAGGAAAUCAUUCCUGCACAGCAGACUAGUGACUACUCGGAUGCUAUCACAUACGCCCAGUCAAAGAGCGAAGUCAACAAAGACAAGAUUGGUGUUUGGGGCAGCUCGUAUAGUGGAGGACAUGUCCUUUGGGUUGGAGCUGUGGAUCGAAGGGUCAAGGCUGUUCUGAGCCAAGCCCCAUGUGUUGAUGGUUGGGCGAACUUCCAUCGCCUUAUUCGACCAGAUUUUGUGGCGGGCUUGAAUCAGCUUUUCCAAGACGACCGUCAUUCGCGCGCGGCUGGAAAGCCUGCUGCAGUCAUUCCAGUCGUGGAUUAUGAUGUCCACAAACCUUCAGCCCUACCCACACCUGACAGUUUUGACUUCUUCACGGCGUGGGCUGGCAAGAGUAAAUGGAAGAAUGAGGUGACAGCCUUCCGCGAGUACAUGCCAGCUGCGCACAUACAUCAUAUCUCUCCAACACCGCUACUCAUGACUGUAGCAGAAAACGAUGUCUUGACACCGACAGAUCUUGCAUUGGAAGCUUACAACCGUGCGCUCGAGCCGAAGAAACUACACAUCCUGCCUGGAGGACAUUUCGAAGCUUACGCUGGCUCUAACUUCGAGAGAAAUGUUCAAGUGCAGACCGAGUUUUUGAAGAAGCACUUGUGCUCUUAA